AUCGCUCGCAGGACACAAGCCAUGGCGACGGAGAAGCACUUCAAGUACGUCGUCCUCGGCGGCGGGGUCUCGGGGGGGUAUGCGGCGCGGGAGUUCGUCAAGCAGGGCGCGCAGCCAGGGGAGCUCGCCAUCAUCUCAAAGGAGGCCGUGGCUCCUUACGAGCGCCCUGCCCUCAGCAAGGCGUACCUUUUCCCCCAGAAUCCUGCAAGAUUACCAGGAUUUCAUGUGUGUGUGGGGAGUGGAGGCGAGAGGCUCUUGCCUGAAUGGUACUCAGAGAAAGGUAUUGAGCUGAUCCUGAACACUGAGAUUGUCAAGGCUGAUCUUGCCUCCAAGACUCUGACUAGUGCAGCUGGAGCGACAUUUACAUAUGAGAUCUUGCUAAUUGCUACUGGCUCCUCAGUCAUCAAGCUUUCUGAUUUUGGCACUCAAGGAGCUGAUUCGAACAACAUUCUGUAUCUGAGGGAAGUUGACGACGCGGACAAGCUGUAUGCAGCUAUCCAAGCAAAGAAGGGUGGGAAGGCAGUGGUUGUUGGAGGAGGUUACAUUGGCCUUGAACUAAGCGCAGUAUUGAAGAUGAACAAUCUGGAUGUCACUAUGGUGUUCCCUGAACCUUGGUGUAUGCCUCGUCUCUUCACCGCCGAGAUCGCAGCUUUCUAUGAGAGUUACUAUACUAACAAAGGAGUCAAGAUCGUGAAGGGUACAGUUGCUGUUGGUUUUGAUGCUGACGCCAAUGGUGAUGUUACUGCCGUUAAGCUAAAGGAUGGCAGUGUGCUC